AUGACCUCUCCAUCCUCCCCCUCCCCUUCGCCUACCCGGCGAAGCUGGCGCCAGCUCUCGCACCCCAAUCUCACCACCCUCACUGACCACUCCGACACCGUCGAGAUCCCCUCAGCAUCCUUUAUUCCGACUCUAUCUCUUCCACACGUGUCUGUCUCUGGCCUCCGUGCGGCACUACUCGGAUAUCUCGGCGAGGCUGAAAUUGCGCUCCGUGAACGCCUCGGGACUGCAACCGAGAACCGCAACUCGACUUCCUCACCAUCCCCCAGCUCGGAGGAUGAGACGGACUAUGACACGCUCGACGAGCACGACUUGCUCGUGGACGCUGAGAGCUCAGCCCGCCAAGCCCUCGACGAACAGGCACCGGGCCUGCGACGGCGCGGCGCAGCGGGGUUGAGGCCACUGUCUCCUUCCGCCCGCCUUGCAGGGACAGGGAGCGAGGCAGAGGCACUCCUUGACACGCUCCGCAGCCUGCGCGAGGAUGUCGCAGCAUAUGUGCCCGCGGGCUUCUCGAUGCCCAAGCUCCCCCUUGAGGCGCAGCGCCAGUGGCUCCGCGAACUUCCUCACCGUCUGCAGGAUGUCAACCUGUCGGUUCACGGGGACUCGUGGCCCGACCCGGUUUCGGCGUCCAACCGUGCAAUGCGUUCUGCGCAGCAUCGUGUAAUCGACCUCGUACAUGCCCUCCUGCCGCCCGAUGAUUGGCAGGGCUGGGAAUCACUUGGUUGGGAGGAUGACGAGGGCUCGGUAUGCACCCCACGUCGGGUGGACCACACGCGCUCGUGCUCAUUGGACGAGCGUUACGCCCGCCCCACCGAGGGAAGCGACGAGGACGAGGAUGAGCCCGAGUAUUUAUUCCCUAACCGUACGCCAGCUCCCGCGCACGCCUUUAAGAGACAUCGCCACCCCCGCAGCAAGAGCCUGAGCCAGGCGGACUACUAUGACCGCGGACCACUGUUCAACUGGCACUUCCGUCCAGACGGUGCGGCGGUCGUGGAUGACGAGGGCGACGAUGGGAGCGUUGUCGACGAGGACCUCUUGGCCGAGCACGAGCAGCACGACGAGCUUCGCGAAUGUGACAAACACGGCGCCCAUCUCAUCCCUGACCUGGGCACGACUAUUGAGGAGGCCCUCGUCAGAAGCGAGCAAGGGCUCAAGCUGAUCACAUACCAAGACCUUCCCAUCUGGUGGCGCAACAACCAGUACCUCCUGACAGGCUACCGGUUUAUCCCACUGGGUCGCAAUGGGCCGAUCCCCUUGAUCAAGUCUGCGUUCCGCAUGCACAACGAGACGGUGAACAUCCACUCACACUUCAUCCCCACGCUGUUCAUCUUGGGAGUGAUCCCGUUCAUCAUCUGGCGUACUCCGCUUCCCGAUGCGCACUGGAUCGACACAGCCAUGCUCAUCUCCUACCUCCUGGCCGCCAUGUCGUGUCUUGUCUCAUCAGCCGGCUGGCACAUCCUGUCCGGUUGUGCGAAUAGGCGGUGGUUUGAGUGGGGCGCGUGUGUCGACUACAUCGGUAUCUCGUGGCUGAUUGCCAUGUCGUUCAACACGGUUGUCUACAACGCUUACUACUGCCGCGGGACCCACGUGUUUGCUUACACCUUGGUCAACGUCGCGUUUGGUGGCCUCGGCUCGUACCUGCCCUUCCAGAAGUGGUUCAACCAGAGAAAGAAUAAGCCAUGGCGCAUCCUCUUCUUCCUCUGCUUGAACGCCGCCAUGUUUGCGCCCAUGGUACAGCUCUUCCGCGAGCACGGACGCCACGUCGCGGGCAAGUUUGUUGCACCCUUCUUCUACUCGGUCGCCAUGUACCUCGUCGGCCUAACCUUCUACGCCUUCCACUUCCCAGAGUGCGCGGCCCCUGGCAUCUUUGACCGCUUCGGUGCAAGCCACCAACUGUGGCAUCUCUCGAUCGUCACGGCCAUCGUCCUCCACUACCGUGCCAUCUUUGUCGCGUAUGACGCCAGGUGGUCCCUCUCGUGUGCGGCGCCGGACGCCGGCAACCCUGUUCCCCUGGCCAUUUCGGCGUUCCUCUUCGGCAAGUAG